AUGGCGACCGAGACGCCGGACCCCCAGAACCUGAAAUCAUGGAAGGACGCAUUUCAGCACCCGAUUCCCACCGUGCGGAAGGUGGAGCAGGAACUGCGACGCGACAUCGCAAGCAACAGAGAGAAGCUCCGGUCUUUGGUUGGGGCACGAUAUCGUGAACUUCUGGAGACGGCCGAGACGAUCGUGGAAAUGAAUACCGAGAACCAAGAGGUUGAGACAAAGCUGGCUGGUCUGGGAUUGCGCUGCAAUGCCGAUUUGAUUGGAAAGAGGCAAGAUUAUCUAGCUGAUGGCAAUAAUGACAAUAACUGCCGGGCACUCGCUGCACAGCUAGCACUGCUUCACCGGUGUACGACCAUUAUUGGGAGACUAUUACGCAAACACAAGCCCUUAUUAUUGGCCUCAAAGUUGGUGAUCAUCUCGAGACAGCUUUAUAAAGCCUUGUCGCAGCAUGCAAACGCUCCGCCAUUUGUGGAAGUUUUGAGUUCUCAGCUUGUCAACUUGCAAAAAACCAUUCGCCGACGAAUCGAGCGAAGACUAGGCUCUGGCAACUCCAGCAUGGAAGAUAUUGUUGACGCCAUGUCUGCAUUUCGUCUCUCCAAUAGUUCAUCGGUGCUGGAUAUAAUAAAUCGGUUUCAUAAUUUCCGAUUGGAUUCUAUUGUGAAGCAACUGGAACACCGCCCCCGAUCUAGAGAAGGGAUCCUGAAAGCGCUCAACCUCUACAUUCAAACUCUCCAAAACACCAAGACCCUUUCCUCCCGUCGAUUGUCCGAUGCGUUGGCAAAGCUUCAAGGUCAGCCUCUAUUGGCUGAUCACGAUAUUCUGAAUCUAGGGGAUCUUGAUCUUGAUAUUUUUGGGCGAUGGGUAACCAAUGACGUUCAAAAUUUUACACCUUGGAUAAAAUCAGACAAUUUUACCAAACAAUCUGCAGAGCAAUUGACCAAGAAAUGGUCCAAGGAAGCGUUUAAUCGCUUCUUAGAGAAGAGCUCUGCAGUUCUGCAGGAUUUUGAUGAUUUUGAGGACGUCCUUUCUUUGCGGAAGGAAACUUUGGAAAUAUGGCUAGCCGCGGCGCCUGCGACGAUAACUCAUUCUUCAGUCAGUGUGCUGGAAGGUAUAAGAGAUAUCUUUAAAAUGCGAUUGAAAUCUAUCAUUCGCAACCAAGCCAAUCAAUUGGUCUCAAUUGGUGAUACGGUCAAAACCCAUAUUGAUCAGUGGGUCAGCGGAGACAUAAACCAGAUGCAGUCUCUUUGGGACUCUAGCAUUACAUCCCUAGAGUACUCAGAUGGGGCAGUGAACUUUAAAAAGGUCGUUGUGAACACAUUUUAUGGACGAGAUUUGAAAAUCAUGGCCACGUUGGAGCUAUAUGACUCGUGGCUAGAACUCAUUGAGCGUUCUAGAAGCUCCAUUGACGACCUACGACAUACUAGAUGGGAAGAUACCCUGGAUGAAGGCGAAGACGACAGUAAACUUGAAAUGAAUCCCAUUGCUCUUUUAAAUGAGGAUGAUCCUCACCUAUUACAGGAGGAACAAGUGAAUACGAUCAAACAGGCGUUCCUAGAGCUCCAAAAGACCUUCCGCGCUGCUGCUGAAGCUUCGGGGGAUUCUGACCAGAGUGGAAAAAGUGCUUUCCUUUUGCGGUUGAUCCGAGAAGUUCGACGGAAUAGCCCAUCUAAGAUAUUAGAAGACGAAAGCUUAGAUUUCGCCCAGGAUACAGUGCCUGUUUUGCAUGAAGUUUUGGUCAACGAAAUUCUUGCCCAUGUACCUCCGUCCAACAUUUUUCCUGUCCCAAAGAAGAAUACAUUACGACUACCUGGUCGUACACUGUGGGAUGGAGCUCCAGAGUUACCCAAUCAGCCACUGCCGUCGACAUUUCGAUAUUUCCGUCGUCUCGUUAUAGCUAUGGAAAAUUUUGGUCCAGAUCUAUGGACCCCGCCUGCGGUGAAAAUUCUCAAGGAGAGGCUGAAUAAAGCGGUCACGGAAUCUCUGUCAAAAAAUUUUGAACGGUUGCAUGACUAUUCUCACGAAAAAAUAGACAAGGAAGAAGACAAUGAAAAGAAAAAUUCUUCUGACGAAGAAUCUACCAAUGGUACAGCCAAAUCCAAUGCGGAUGACUCCAAACCACAGGAUGUUAGGGACUGGAAGAUACAGCUUGCACUGGAUGCGUUCUACUUUCGGGAUGCUCUUUCGGUCGUCUCUGAAAAGAACGAUCUCCUCGACAGCUUCAUUGAGAAAAUCCAAGUCGAUGUCGAAGAUGGCAACAGCAUUGUUGGCAGGUUGCAGGAGGCUGCGCACGAUUUCUGGAAGCGAACGGAGCUGCUUUUUGGGCUCUUGGCAAAUUAG